GCCACAGAAGCACCGACAUGCCGAUAAGGCCAACUCUCCCAGGCGCCAGGCCUAGCUCCGCACUGCGAUGGCCUCCAAGUUUUCUGGCCGGGUUCUACCUUUCGCAACGCAGGAACGGGUCCCCAAGUCCUCGGUCCUGAUCUCGGUCCUGCUGGUGUCAUGCUCAAUGAUCACCUCAACGACGUUUGGAUACGACGGCUCUAUGAUAAAUGGGUUGAAUAUCCUUCCGUCAUACGCGAACUACUUUGAGCUUAACACGGUCACCACAUCGCUCAACACCGCGUCUGUUUGGAUUGGAGGCAUUCUCGCUGGAAUUUCGUAUGGCAAGGUCACAGACAUCAUCGGUCGCCGGCCUGCGCUCUUCUGGGCGGCUGUUAUUACUAUCAUCGCUGUGAUCCUCCAGACCGCAGCGCAAAACAUCGCGAUGUUCGUGGUCGCGCGCAUCAUCAUCGGGUUUGGAACUUCAGCAUCGGCGCUCACUGGGCCGGCAUAUCUUGCAGAGACGCUUCCCUCCAAGUGGCGGGGCUGGGGGCUGGGGGUCUUCAACGACUUCUACUACGUCGGUGGACUGAUCGCAGCGGGCGUGACGUAUGGCACCUCGUUCAUGCCUUCCACCUGGGCCUGGCGCAUUCCGUCUGCAGUGCAGGGUGUUUUCAGCAUCCUUUGCAUCGUGAUCCUUCCCUUCAUACCGGAAUCGCCGCGGUGGUUGGCGUAUCAGGGACGGACCGAGGAGGCUCUCGUCGUCGUCGCACUUACUCACGCGAACGGCGAUGUCAACGACGAGGCCGUCCAAAUGCACUACAAGGAAAUUGUCGACGCUAUCGAGACCGAGAAACACGCACCGGACCCGCUGUCGAUGAAGCAGAUGUUCCAGACGCCCUCGGCACGGAAACGAAUUAUACUGGGGUCUUCUGUUGCUGUCUUUAGCACGGUCGCUGGAAAUGUGAUCGUUUCGUACUAUCUUGGACAGAUGCUCGACAAUGCCGGGAUCACCAGCAGCACCACCCAGUUACAGAUCAACAUCAUCUUGAAUGCAUUCUGUCUGGUCUGCUCCCUGGCAGGAACGUACUUCGUUGACCGCAUCGGCCGUAAAAGCACAGCAGUGAUCAGCAUCAGCUCUUUGACGAUUUUCCUCUUCCUAGUCGGGGCGUUGACGAAGACCUUUGGAACAUCGACGAACAACGCCGGAAUCUAUGCGACUGUGGCGAUGAUAUUCCUGUUCCAAGGGGCGUACAGCUUCGGAUGGACGCCUUUGCUGUACGUCUAUCCGCCGGAAGUCUUGAAUUACGCAGUCCGAGCCAAUGGGAUGGGUGUCUUCCAAAUCGUCUUGAAUGGCACAGCGCUGAUGGCGGUGUUCGCUUUCCCCAUUGCUGUGGCCAACAUCGGAUGGAAGACUUAUGUAAUCAACGCAGCUUGGAAUGCGCUCGAGGUUCCAUUUGUUCUGUGGUACUGGGUGGAAACAGCCGGAAAGAGCCUGGAGGAGAUUGACGAGUUGAUUGAUGGAAAACAGGUCUUUGGUGUUCCGGAUCUCGAGGCCGAGCCUGAGGACACCGUUGCCGACGAGAAGUAGCAUUUACUUAUGAUGUAAUCUGUCGCCUGGCAACGUGUCAAAUCUAUGGGGCCCUCUUGGCGACGUAUCCGUUCCCUUCUCCCACUCUUUUCCCACUUUUACUUUCACGCCAGGAGCAGCGCUCUUCAUCUACUACCUUCACGCACGUCGUUCAUAAAUUCACAAUGCACUUCCUCGCUCUCGCUACCGCCGCUGCGUCCCUGGCUUCCGCCGUCUCUGCCGCUACCAUCACGGUCGCCGUUGGCCAGAACGGUCUGACAUACACCCCCUCCAACGUGACUGCAGCAGUGGGCGACGUUGUGGCUUUCAACUUCUUCCCGAAGAACCACACCGUUACUCAAUCAUCCUUCGCCAGCCCCUGCGCUCCCUUGGCCAGCGGUAUCAGCUCCGGGUUCCAGCCCGUGGCAUCAGGUGCUGCCACCAUCCCCCAAUGGAGCUUUACCGUGAAUGACGCGAGCAAGCCCCUGUGGUUCUACUGUGCUCAGGUCGGACACUGCGCCGGAGGCAUGGUCUUCUCCGUGAACGCACCCGCGACAGGCAACACGUUCGACGCCUUCCAGGCUGCCGCCAAGGGUGGUGCUGCCACCACUUCUUCCGGCUCCUCCAGCGCCGCUGCCCCUGCUGGAUCCGCCUCAGCCGCAGCUGGUGGUGCGGUCGCCUCAGCUGGCGGUGCAGUCGCCUCAGCUGCGGCUGGUGCGGCCGCCUCUGUCUCUGCCUCCGCUGGCGCCCCGGCAGCGUCCACGGCGGGUGCGAUGAUGACCCGUGCGGGUGGCAUGAGUCUCAUUGCUGCCGGUGUUGUCGCUGGUCUGCUGCUGUAAGCGGGGACACGGUGGCUCCUGAGUGCGCAUUGUGUUUUUGGGAAUCUCUACUCAGAGUUGGGACACUAUCGUACCGUAGUGUGGCUAGUCCAUGUUACAUUGUACAUAUCUACGUGCUACAGUCGCGUAGCGGGAAUACAAAUAAACUCGAUAAAACUGAGUCAAUUGACACAAUCACG